GCAGAUAACAGGCUGGGCCUGUCCCACACAUGUCCCGCUCCCACACCCGGCAUUGAACCACCAUGGAGGCUUUUCACAUACUGUGUCUCGUCAUCGUUGGAGCUGCAUUUGUUGUUGCACAGUUUCCGUUUCAACCACCAAAUGUUCCCUCGCAGUCCUGUCUGACGUGUACCUAUCUGAGCGACCCAGCUGACUGCAAGCAUUCCAAGAAGUGUUACCCUGGUGAUUCCUGUUUCCUUGGCGAAGUACACGAGGCAGACAAUGAGACCUACUACAUCCAGUAUUGCUACCCUGAACCUGGCUGUUUACAGAUGAAGAGUCUGGUCGAGCAGGGGAACAACGAGCUCCGCGGCUACCACUUCAACUGGAUCUCCUGCUGCAACACCGACGACUGCAACAACAUGAUACCUCAACCCUAGACGCUAGUGGUCACGUUUACAUUGCAUGGCAUGUUCAUCUUAGUUCGUUAUAUGUCGUCAGCCAUUUUGUGCUUUUUGUGUGUAACUUUAAUGUAUUUUCAAAUUUCAGUUGUUCGGUUUGGUUAAGAUAUUAAAAGAGAUUUCAACAAAAUAAACGUUA